AUGGGAGCUUUUGCAACGGGAGCUGCUGCAACAGGAGCUGCAGCAGCAGGAUUUGCAGCAGCAGGAGCUGCUGCAAGGGGAGCUGCUGCAACAGGAGCUGCUGCAACACGUGCUGCAGGAGCAGGAGCUGCUGCAACGGGAGCUGCAGCAACAGGGGUUGGAGAGCUGCAGCAGCAGGAUUUGCAGCAGCCGGGGCUGCUGCAAGAGGAGCUGCUGCAACAGGAGCUGCUGCAACAGGAGUUGCAGCAGCAGGAGCUGCUGCAACAGGAUUUGCAGCAACCGGAGCUGCUGCAACAGGAGUUGCUGCAACAGAAGCGGCUGCAAGGGGAGCUGCAGCAGCAGGAUUUGCAGCAGCAGGUGCUGCUGCAAAAGGAGCCGCUGCAACAGGAGCUGGUGCAACAGGAGCUGCUGCAACAGGAGCUACAGCAGCAGGAUUUGCAGCAGCAGGAGCUGCUGCAGCAGGAGCUGCCGCAGCAAGAGCUGCUGCAGCAGGAGCUGCCGCAGCAAGAGCUGCUGCAACAGGCGCUGCUUCUCCCUGCUGUUGUUCAGUCUGGCCGGACUGUUUGCUGCUUCUAUGUGCAUUUUCUGCUUCUGCAGCAUGCAGCAAGCUCAGAAGGGGGCCCCUUGGGGGCCCCCCCUCCCUUUAUUUUGGGUACUGUCUAA